AGGAUUAUAGGCGUGAAUCACUGUCUCCUGACUUCUUCUCUUUUCUUUGGUAGGGUAAAGGGCUCUGGUAAUUUGGCAGCAGAAUGGAUAACAUCCCAAGGGUUAGUCUGAGUGGCUGCCAAAUGGAUAAAACAAACAUCCAGUUGAGUUUAGCCAUGUCAAAAAGGAGCCUUCUAGUCUGAGCAAAGGUUGUCCUUGGUCUGCUGUUUUUUCUUCCCUUUCUGCCUUGUCAGUCUUCCUGGCUGAGGUUUGGGGAGAUCCAGGCUUGAAGAACUGGAGAGCAAGCAUCAGAGAGGGGUGGCAGGAUGAAUGUGGGUACAGCGCACAGCGAGGUGAACCCCAACACGCGAGUGAUGAACAGCCGCGGCAUCUGGCUCUCCUACGUCCUGGCCAUCGGGCUCCUCCACGUCGUACUGCUCAGCAUCCCCUUCGUGAGUGUCCCUGUCGUCUGGACCCUCACCAACCUCAUCCACAACAUGGGCAUGUACAUCUUCCUGCACACAGUGAAAGGCACACCCUUUGAGACUCCGGACCAGGGUAAAGCAAGAUUGUUAACCCACUGGGAGCAGAUGGACUAUGGGGUCCAGUUCACUGCCUCUCGAAAGUUCUUGACCAUCACACCCAUUGUGCUGUACUUCCUUACCAGCUUCUACACCAAGUACGACCACAUUCAUUUCAUCCUCAACACAGUGUCCUUGAUGAGCGUGCUCAUCCCCAAGCUGCCCCAGCUCCACGGAGUCCGGAUUUUUGGAAUCAAUAAGUACUGAGGGUGCAGCCCCUUCCCUAGCCUGUGACGGCAGGGGAGGGGUGGAAAGCCUUUGCUGUGAUGCUGAAGACAGGAGCCUCUGGACACGACCGGAGAUGGGGUCAUGCCCUGGGCCUGGCUCUCUGUAUCCCCAGUAGCCAACUUGGAGUAGCUUGUAGUGUGGUUGGGGGUGGGCCCCUGGGCUCCAACCCAUUCAGAUUUUUUUGAUCUUUUCCUUUUUGCCUUUUGAGUAGAGACUCCAUGGGGUGGUCGUGGAAGGGGCUGGGCUCCCAGGUAAUGUGGACCUGUGUGGUUGGGACAGGCCAGAGAGACCCUUGUUCACUUGUUUACCCUCAGGUGGCAAAGCACUUUAACCCCUGUAUGGGAGCAGAGGGACGGUACAGCUUCUAGAUUGUUCCCCUUCAGUUCUUUGGUCUGUGAGGGGGAACACUCUGUUUUGUACAUAACAAAGCAAGUGUGUGAUGACACCUCACCCCGCUGGGUAGAGAGUUGUCUGAUCCAAGGCUCAGUUUUGGUGACUCCCUUGCACCCCACCCUGGGUAUGGGUUGAGAGUGGGGAGGGUGAGGAGAGAAAAGGUGGGGUGGGGGGGGUAUAGGCUCUGCCAUGCUGGUCCUGGUGGAGGUUGGAGACAGUGAGUUGAGCUACAACAGCAGCAGCCCAUGCAGGCGGGUGUAAAGAGGUGGCAGUGCUGGUGGUGUGGGGGGGGGGGGGGGGGGGGGGGGGGGGGGGGGGACAGGCAGAAGCAAGAAUACAACUUCCUUUCUGAUGUGGGCAGGGAAGGGAGCUGGCUUGGAGGGCUAGUUAGUACACCCACAGAAUGGUGAUGGGGCUAGGGAAGGGAGGCUGCUUUGUGCUUGAAGCUCCUGGGUUGGCAUGGGGGAGAACAUGGGUGGAGGAGGCAGUAUAAACACAGGUCUGGUUUGACACCACCCUCUGCAGCAAUGUGAGGGGGUUGGUGUGAGAAAGCUGUGACAGAAACGGCCAUUGCUGGGGCUCUUCCACCCCAACAUUGAGACCUCCUGUAGACCAGUGCUGGGGCAAGGCCCCUCAUGUGGCACGCACGUGGGGGGCCCCCACAUGAGGUUGGUGGCUGCAAGGUCCUACAGUACCCCUGCCAAGCAGGGCAAUGGAAGGGACAGGGAGUGUCUGCAGACAGAAGUCUCUUCAGCCUGAGAAGAGGCUAGAGGGGUGCCCCCUGCUUCCCCAGUCCUACUGGGGAGGUGUUUCUUUGAAAGGGUGUGGCCUGAGCCCUCUCCUGUGGGCUGAGGAAGGAGAGAGGUUUGCUUGCCCUACUUUCUGCCUACAGGCCUUCCACUCCCACCCCAUGUAUCAUAGGGAACUUUCACCUCAACAAUCUUUCUAAGCAAAGUGUGAAUAGGAUUUUUACUCCCUUUGUACAGUAUUCUAAGAAAUGCAAAUAAAGGACCAUGGGUUCCUGUUUC